AUGACCGAUCUGAGUGAUCGCUUCGCUACGCCUUCAGACUCCGAUAAUACCCACGAUACUGAUGAUAGCGAAUCUGACUUUAAUUCUACACCAAAUUGCUCUUCGUCACCGGCGCGCGCACGUGCUUCUUCACCUUCGCCUUUGCCUUUACCUUUACCCCAGUGGAAAUAUCAUCACAACCCUAUUGAUAGAAAUAAUCCAACUACUCCGCCUUCCACGGGAACAAAUAGAAAAAUGGAACAAGCAUAUGCCGAAUGGCAUCAAGGAGAAAUGGACACACCUAGAGCACCAUCAUAUUCUCCAAUCACUUUACCAGCCGAUACACCACAAUCCGUUGAUGCCAACGAAGCUGGACCUGUAACUGCACAAUAUAACUCGCAGUCGCAACAAAAAAAUAUGGAACCUUCGCGCGCAUCCUCAUAUUCACAUCACACUAUUUCCUCAUCUUCACCUCAAAUCCAACAUUCAUCAACAUCCGCCUCCGAAACCACCGUAUUCCCUACAGACCUCCCUUCUCCCUCCGUACCAUGCCGUUUAGAACCCCACUCAUCGGUUCUCGAUCAUCUCACUGCUCAAUAUAUUGCACAGGGACCCCAUCCACAAAUUUCUCACGUUAAUCACGCAGCUGUGAAUCAAAGAAAUGCGUCUCAGAUAUUGAGCAAACAUCAAGAUGAUCGCGCGCCGUUUGUUCGAGCUGCGAGUCGCAGAUUGCAGGCGGUGGUGGGUGUGAGGAAUGAUUUACCGUUUGAUUUGCUGAUGGGCACGGGAAAGCAUGAUGCGAGUAAUUUGGUUGUGGGGAGAGAUGGGGCGUUGGUGGAUUUAGGACUUAGGAAUUUGGGAAGAGAGGAAGUUGUGAGGGGUGGAAAUGAAAGUGGAGAGCAUCUUGCUGCGAGAGAUAAUGGUGAUAGGAGUGGAGAGGAUAUUGGAAACAAUCGGGAAUAUAUGAGGGCGGAGAUGGAUAUGAACACGAACGCAAACGCAAACGAAGCACACAAUGUAAACACCACGGCACGAUACCCACAAGAUAUCCACGCUCCCUUCGACACUCUUUGUUCUUCCUCCAACAAUUCAUCUUGUUCUUCUUCUCAUCACCCUCACCAUCAAAAAACAAUACCACAAGAAACCCCUCCCAAUCCAACCCACGAAUCCCCAACACAAACUCCCUUCUUCCCUCCCUCAGUCAACCCCUACACCGGCGAAGGACUCCGCGCAUAUCUUCUCUCCCGCGCUUCCAUGACCGGUUCCGUAAAGAGAGAAUGUAGAAGUAUAUCGUUCCAUGAUUUCACACCGAAUGUACGAACGGGCGAGUUUAGAAAUCAGUUAUUGGUGCAUUUUGGCGUGGAUGGGAUUUCGAGUUGUGAGAGGGUUGAGGUUGUGGAGUUGGGUUUUCCCCCUCUCAAACAUAACAACCUACCCCAUCCAACCCGACACCACACUCCCCCCUCCCUCCUCGAACCCACCUUCUCCCACACCCAACACGGUCUCCCCACCAAAAAGAUCGCCAAACGUCAAGACUACGAUUUCUCCUUCCAAGGAACUCCCAUCUUCGAAUUUUCCACCCGAAUACUUUUUCCCCAGCCCGAGAAUCCCUUUCCUAACACUGCGCCUACUGCGGAUUUUCUCUCCGUCGAAGUACCCCGUUCCUACAAUUCAGAUGAUCCUUAUCUUCCGUUUCCGCUACAGGUAUCCCAGAAUCCGGGAUUGCUACAGCGGGAAGUAAGGAAAUAUGCAAGGGCGGCGGGAGUGAAGGGAGAGGAAUUAUGCACGUAUGGUGAUUUGAUGACGGAUGAGAGUGGAGAGGAUGUGAGCGAGGAGGCGUCUCCUAACGAGGGGAUUUGGUGGUGUGAAUUUUAUCGAGGAAUUACGCGGGAUAGGAUUCGGUGGGAGAGAGUCAAGAGGUGUAUGGGAAGGGGGAGAUGUAGAGUUGUUUUGAGAUGGCAGGAUGUACCGGAUGAGAUGAAGAGAUUGGGUGGUCGUUCUACUUCUACUUCUGGAGUCGGUUUAGGAUUGAGUAGACACACCAAUGAAGCAGAGAGAGUCAUGCAGGAGAUGAGCAGGGAAAAUACGGGAGGAAUGGGAAAAAAGCGAAGAGGAAGAAAGAGUAUGCAAACGAGCCAUGCGAAUACGAGUUCGAGUGUGGGACUGGGAGUUAUGAAUGCGAAUGUGGGGAGUCAUUCACAUACGCAUACGCGAUCGGGAUCGGGCGAAGCGUUGAGAGAUAGUUUGCGCGCGAGAGCGAUUGGGAAUCGGAUGAGUUUCAAUGGAGAUGCUUAG